AUGCAAUCGACCAGCCCCGAAGAAUCGGCCUUCGAACCGCCCCCCCAGACCUUUUCCACCCCAGGGGACAUGCAAUAUUCAUUACUCAAGAAAGUGACCAUGUCUGCCCAAUCUAGCAUUGCGGGCUCGGACUGGGGCCAUUCUUAUCCGUCAAUCUUCCAACUCAAGUUUGAAAUUCCCGCCUUUUUCAUGCCUUAUCGCUGGUGGGAAGACGAGGCGACAACGGUUUUCUGGGCAUUCGAUAUCCAAGAAAUCAGCCGUGUGAUCCAAUUCGGACUCUUCCGCGACGAAAAUUUCCCGAGGACUUCGCUUUGCGCUCGAAAUGUGGACACCAUUGACACCUUUUUGAUGGCCCUGUCCGAGCCCCAUGAGUACCAGCUCCUGGGGAAUCUCUCUCAUAUACAGAGGGUGGAGGAGAUCCUGCGCCGGUCGACCGAUUCCUUGGAGUUGGCUCCCCCGCAACCAAGCCCUACUCUAGAUGCGCGGGCAAUCGCUGCCGCAAUCGAGGCCGAGAGCCAUUUCCACUUCAAGCAAAUUGCCUUUGAAGAGUUUGUACGUGCUGCCCUCGGAUACAAUGCUAUCUUCGUCGAGUGGUUCCUGCAGCAGCAUGCGGCUUUUUAUAUUAUUCUCCGGGACUAUUUGAGCGCUUAUCCGGAGGACAUUCCUCUGUACAUAGAAGUUGAAAAGCAUCUUCGGUCGCGGAGUCCAUUCGCACACCGAGCGCUGGUCCAGUGCCUUCUGGCUGUGCGACCCGGCGGAAAUCGUGACGUGCCUAAACCCAAUACCGCUGGGUUUGAAUUCAUCGCAGGCCCUAUUCAGACCUUAUUCAAGGACCAGCCAGGAAGGCUUACUGCCAUGCUCAAGAUGUUGAGUGUUUUGACAAUCAGAUUUCGCCGACAGUAUAUCCAUGCUGCUACCAUGGAUUGGAAGACUCCGUUUGAUACCUCUCUUCCUUUCCUGGACGAUUAUCUCGAGUCGACAUCUCCAACGGACUUGGCCCGCAGCAUGAGAGGCGUGGACGAGAACCAUUUUUCCGAGUUGACCCGGCAAAGUCUGAUAGCAGAGGAUGUCAUCGUGGGACAAUUGAAGAUUCAGUGGCGCGAACUAAGUGUUUCUGUCUGGGAAUGCUGCGCUGCACUUCCAGACCUGAUUCCAUAUCUGCAAGAAUGUGCACAGUCCCUCUUAAAAACCCGUAAUUAUCAUUCCUUCACGGCUAUCAUCAAAGGCCUGCACACCUACACCAUCUUGAAAACACGCCCCGGCCACACAGGCAUAGCAGGAAACGUGAUUACACUCGAAGCUCUGAUCCCACAGGAAAUCAUUGCCCUCCUGAGCCCGGCCGAGAACUUUGCCGCCUAUCGUCAGCACUACCAAAAAUUCCCCGGCAUUCCCUUCCUGACCCCCCACAUCCGCGAUCACAAAGAAAACGGCGAAUCCGUCCUUCAGCCAGUUUUCCAGUAUCUGCAAAGCACCCAAUAA